CUCUCUCUUCUCUCAGCUUUCUCAAUUUCUUACUCUCUGUACUCCUCUUCAUCCUCUCUCACUCGCCCUCCUCCCCAACCAGCGGCAUCAUGCCUCGGGUAUAGUCUUGCUUUCUCUCUCUUCUUCCUGCAAUAAAGAUUUUGAAAGGUUAGGUCUAUUGAGAAAUGGGUUCAAAAUACGGGGUGUAAGAAGAAAUUUUCCCUUUCAAAUAUAACGCUGCAACCGCACCUGCACCUGUCACCUGUUGGGGUGCAGCCAAAGCGUUAAGAAAAUUGCAAUUGUCUUCGUCCUUUCCCUUCUCUUUGUUUUCCAAUUCCCCCCAAAUCCCUGUUCUUUCUCUCUAAUGAGAGGAUUUCCGCGAGCCUCUCUCAGGCUUCGUACAGUUGCAGCAACGGAAUGUAUCGUAUCCAGCCUUCUCUCCCUUUGUAAGUCCUCCUCUCGCUUCUACUACUACUACUACCACUACUCAACUGCUGUUUUUUCUCAUACUACUGCAAAACUUUUAGCCACCCAAAAUUGGAUUCCUGAAACGCAACACUCUUCUUUGAAAUCCGAUUUUUAUUUCGAUACCAAACAAGUAAAAACUGAUAAUCAAAAGCUCCGAAAAUUAGUCCAUGCACCGGUGGAUGCUGUGAGUGUAAUAGAUAUCCUCAGUAGAAAAGACUGGUUCACCCAAUUAAACAAUGUCUUUGCUCAUCGAGAUUCGAGCAUAUUAACUGCUCGGUUUGUCUCAAGAGCUCUGAGAAGCCAAGAAGACCCUGCGCUUGCAUUCAAAUUCUACAUAUGGGUUUCUCAGCUUGAUGGGUUUCAAUUGAAAUGCACUUCAGCUCAACGAAUUCUUGAUGAUAUACUUUUCACCAGAGGUCCUCUAGUGUUAUCGGCUGGGUUGGUUCGGGAGCUCAGAAUUUCUGAAUGUAGGAUCACAGAAGAUGCAAUUUGUGCGUUGAUUAAUAGUUGGGGAAGAUUAGGUCUUGCAAAGUAUGCUAGUGAGGUCUUUGAGAAGAUAUCUUUUCUUGGUUUUAAGGCAACCACCCGAGUUUAUAACACAGUCAUCGAUGCUCUUGUUAAAUCCAAUUGCUUGGAUUUGGCUUACUUCAAAUUUCAGCAGAUGCCAGCUGAAGGUUGCUCUCCUGAUAGAUUCACUUAUAACCACCUAAUUCAUGGAGUCUGCAAAUUGGGUAUUUUAGAUGAGGCACUGAGGUUACUAAAACAGAUGGAAACUUGUGGUCACAAGCCUAAUGUGUUCACAUAUACCAUGCUUAUUGAUGGGUUUUGUAAGGCAAAUAGGAUAGAAGAGGCAUUUAGAUUCUUGGGGAUAAUGGAAGAGAGAGGUAUUGCUCCUAAUGAUGCUACAAUUAGAUCUUUGAUUCAUGGAUCAUUUAAAGGCAACAACCCAAAGGAUGCUUAUGAUUUGGUCUGUGGUCUUUUAGAAAAGCAGCAAGUUUUGAGUGAAGAGGCCUGCAGCACCAUGCUGUACUGCCUUUCCAAGGAGGGUAUGGUGAGUGAAAUUCUUAGUCUCUUGGGGAAGAUUGAGGAAAAGGGUUAUUUUCCUAAUCCUUCAGUCUUCAGAGGAUUGAUGAUUUGUCUUGUUAAAGGCUCGAAAUUUAGCGAGUCUUGCAAGCUUCUUGAUAAAUUUCGUGAGAGGGGUGGGAAACCCUGUUUUGAUUCAUAUAUCAUCCUCACUAGUGGUUUAUAUGGUGUGGGAAGGAACAAGGAGGGUGAUCUAUAUGUUGGUUACUUGGUCUUAGAUGGGCUUCUUUGUAGUGUUUAUGCAUAUAACUCUCUUAUUGAUACAUUCUCUAAAUUAAGGCUAAUGAAUAGGGCAUCACAAUUCUUUGAUGAGAUGAUAGAAAAGGGCUAUACUCCCACCCUUGUGACAUUCAAUACACUUAUUGAUGGCUAUUGCAAGUCUGAGAGGGUAGAGAAGGCCCGUGAAUUACUUUUGAUGUUACUAAACCUCCAGUUCAAACCAGAUGUUAUCACUUUUAGUUCCAUUAUUAAUGGCCUUUGUAGAAUCGGCCAAUUGGAUGACGCCUUUAAAUGUUUUAAUGAGAUGGUUGAAUGGGGUGUCUCUCCAAAUGCUUUAACAUACAAUAUAAUGAUUCAUUCACUUUGUGUGAUGGGGGAAAUGGGGCGAUCUCUAAAGUUGUUGAAAGAGAUGGAAAGUCAGGGAAUAACUCCUGAUGUUUUUUCAUAUAAUGCUGUCAUUUUGAAUCUCUGUAAGAUAGGGAACCUUGAAAUGGCACAAAAUAUUUUCAGUUCCAUGUUAAAAUCAGGAGUUACUCCGGAUCAUUACACAUACAAUGCAUUCAUCAAGGUUCUAUGCAAUUCUAAGAGAACGGAUGAGGCCAAAGAAUUGUUAGGUGUAAUGGAAGCAAAUGGUUGUGUUCCCAACUGUUAUUCCUAUGGUUUGAUUGUUGACACACUUUCCAGACAAGGUUGCUUUCAAGAAGCCCAAGAAUUAAUCAGCAAGUUUAAGAGCAAAGGAAGUCUUAUAAAUGGUUGUUGAGCGUUAAUUCUUUGGGUUUACAUCAUUAUAUAUGGGAGGUGUACUUGGAUCUCUUUGAAAUGCAGCUUUGCUCAAAAGAAGUGAGAAGGGCCUGUGUUAGCAAAAUAAUGCACUCGACAGAAUGUUAUCUCAUGGGGGAUGCCCUCUAGCUUGUGGGGAAAUGAUGUCCUGCUGACCAUAAAAUAUUGUAGAAAGCUUGUUAUGAUCUGCAUGGGAUGCAUAUGCGUUGACAAAUCUUCUUUCUAAAGGUUGAGAAUUCUUCAGCAUGGGCACGUUUCAAUUUUGGUGAAGGGUUGCAUCCAUACUGUUUGCAGUUCUUGUUAGUCGCAUCAAUUCAACCAUUGAAACUGGCAUUAUGCACAACUGAUUGGUUUCUGGGAUCUUGAUAUUUCUGCCUCAGUUUCUGGCGAUGCUUGCCUCUAUCCUGAGGCCCUACAGGUUCAGAUGGCAGUUUGGGAUCAAGCCACCACAUGCGAACUUAGAGAAUUGAGAUUCAGCUCAUGAUCCCUUCUCUUGGCAUCAUGCGCGUGGCUAUCUGGGCAUGUGUGGGAACCCCUAGCAUUGGAACAAUUUGCAAAGGACCAUCGGGCUUUGUAUGGACUUGUGAUACUUCGACUGAUUUAGCUCUCACUUCUGGUGGGCCAAUUCUUUUGAACGGAAAAUCUAUAUGAGGGAUUUUAAUGCCUUAAACAUUUAUUGAGCAAGAGGCUAGGCUAGUGCACCAUAGUGUGCAGAUGCAUGCCCACACGUGGGCUAGUGGAUAAAGACCCUUGGCGAAGUUGGUGGACGGCUGAGACCAACAUGCUGAGGCUUGGUUAGUCAACCAUGGGCAGCAACCUGACUGGACAUAGGCAUGGACCAUGUACAAGAGGCAGCUGACCUCACACUUGGUUGGGAAGGUGUGACCAUAUUAGUCAAGUGGGAUUUGAAUUUGAAAUUUGUAACAUCCCUAGGCAGGUGGUUGUGUAACAACUAUAGGCCAUUCAAGAGCGCUCGAGUGCACUUAGUGAGCGAGCCAUGUCAUGCCCAUGCAUGUUUGAAUUGAAACACAUGGGCAGUAAUGACCUGAUGAGUGACCUAGGUGUAUAUAACUAUAGCUAUGGCAUCGGAGUCUGUAGUGAAUGAUAUAUAAGAAACUAGGGUUUCUAUGGUUGGAUCUAACUAGAUCUAGGAAGAAGGGUUAGAAAGUUUGUGACUAGGAUUGAAUCAUGGAAUCUAAGGUUGUUAAAGUCUAUAUUUUGGAUUUAGAUGGGAGAUCUAGGGCUUGGAUUAGAAACUAUGGCGUAGAUAUAGGAUUUCUAGGCUCCUAUGAGUAUUUUCAUCCUAAUUCUCUGGGAAAUUAAAGGGUGCUCUGGGAAAUUCAUAACUAAUAAGAGAAUCAGGCCGGUUAAAGGAACCUGCUUAGAAAUGCUGUGAGGUUAGUCCGCACGUCUUCAAGUAGAGACCUAGAGCUAUCUAUGACGACCUCCUCUUAAGUCUAACGAUCUCUUUUGAGAUCAGGUAAAUGGGAAUCCAAGGAAUUGGAAUGGGCGAAAGAAGAGGUCUUAUCAAUUGUGUUUUCCCUUUAGUCCCUCGAGAUUAUCACACGAUCUAAACAAUGGAAAAGAAACGCUUCUCUUGUUCCAGGGAUCAGGACAUCAAC